GUUAACACUUCAAGCAGAACACGGGAUGUAGAAUGUAUGAGUGCCGAUGCAAUAAGUUGAGUGGGAACUCUUUUCAAAAGAGGCGGUUAAAUCUAGAUCCUGCAUCCCCAAUCGUUAUCCAAAAUGGCGCUGCAAGACGGAAAGAGAAUACGAACUGUAAUCAGCAACGAUGAAAGGAAAUUGUUGGAUGUCUUUUAUGAAAGGGGAAUGACCUCAAAAGGCCACAAAUGCAAACAGAUGUGGUCUGAAGCAGCCCAGUCCACAGGACUGCAUAUAGAUGUUGUCAAGGAGUGGAUAGGAAAUCGCAGGAGGAGAGAAAACCUACCUUCCAAGAAACAAGAAAUCAAAAAGAAACACUACGCAAGAGGAAUUUCUGCGUUUAAUGCCUUUGUUUCUGAACAUAAAGACCAAUUAGGGAGUCUUGGAGGUGAAUGGGCGUCUGCUUGGAAUGGAAAAAGCCAAGAAGAGAAGGAAAGUUAUCGACAGAAGGCUAUAAAAUUAAACCAAGAAUCGAAUGGACCUCAGAAGACAAAGCGACAGCUUCUUAACAGCAUACACACUGAUAUGCUGCAGUUGGCUAGACAUGGUGUCACUAUGGCAUGCCUUGGAGUUGACGGUAUUGACCAAUCCACAAUCUUCAUUGGCAGUGGGAAGGCAGAGCAGUAUUUCCAGGAUAAAAAUGACAUUUUGGAAAAACUACACAGAUUCUGUGUUGAAGAUACUCCAGUGUUAUCUGUCGAGCAGGAAAAUACAAAGUCUUUGCGAAAAAGGGCAAUGGAGCAUUUAAACAGUUUGUUUGGAAGUGCUGUUGGACACCCUCAUCCAUUUCCAUACAAGCGUGUAUUUGCUGGGGAGGUUGUGGUAAAGGGACUGCCAGAAGAGAUACUACCAUUAAGGUUUAUGUCCCAUUACGGGGAACAGAAACUUAAAGCAGUCUUGGCCUGUGCAAAAAUUGAAGUUUCGUUUCCAUCAGAAACUAAUAUUGGUGAGCCAGGAACAUCAGCAUCAGAUGCAAUUGAGGAAGAAAUUGGUGAGAAUGAAAACACCUUUAGUGUGAUAGCAGUCUGA